GCUCCACUCUGCCGGGAGACUGAAGCGCUUCAGUGAGCGCUCGCCGCCGCCCAGCCUCUCCCAGAGCGCCUCGUAGCUCCAGCAGAGCAACCCGAAGCCUGGAGUGUUUCAGAGCUGCAGGGUGAAAAGGUCGAGUCUAGCUGGUGUUUCUCUUGUUUCGCUUCUUGUCUCUCAGCCCUUUCUCUUGCUUGUGUGACAUCAAGUGUGUGAGCCAUGGAGCAAAGAGGUUGGUCUCUGCAGUGUACUGCUUUCGCUCUCUUUUGCGCUUGGUGUGCACUGAACAAUGUAAAAGCCAAGAGGCAGUUUGUCAAUGAAUGGGCGGCGGAGAUCCCCGGAGGGCCGGAGGCUGCCUCUGCCAUCGCCGAGGAGCUGGGCUAUGACCUCUUGGGUCAGAUUGGAUCACUUGAAAAUCACUACUUAUUCAAACACAAAAAUCAUCCUCGAAGGUCUCGAAGAAGUGCUCUUCAUAUCACGAAGAGGUUGUCUGAUGAUGAUCGUGUGAUAUGGGCUGAACAACAGUAUCAAAAAGAGAGAAGCAAGCGUUCAGUUAAAAAAGACUCAGUAUUGAAUCUCUUCAAUGAUCCAAUGUGGAAUCAGCAAUGGUACCUGCAAGACACCAGAAUGACUGCAGCUCUGCCCAAACUGGAUCUCCACGUGAUACCCGUUUGGCAAAAGGGCAUUACAGGCAAAGGAGUUGUUAUUACUGUACUGGAUGAUGGCUUGGAGUGGAAUCACACAGACAUAUAUGCCAAUUAUGAUCCAGAGGCUAGUUAUGAUUUUAAUGAUAAUGAUCAUGAUCCAUUUCCCCGAUACGAUCUCACAAAUGAAAACAAACAUGGAACUAGAUGUGCAGGAGAAAUUGCCAUGCAAGCAAACAAUCACAAGUGUGGUGUUGGAGUUGCAUACAAUUCCAAAGUUGGAGGCAUAAGAAUGCUGGAUGGCAUUGUAACUGAUGCAAUUGAGGCCAGUUCAAUUGGAUUCAACCCUGGCCAUGUGGAUAUUUACAGUGCAAGCUGGGGCCCUAAUGAUGAUGGGAAAACUGUGGAGGGGCCUGGGAGACUAGCUCAGAAGGCAUUUGAGUACGGCGUCAAACAGGGGAGACAAGGGAAGGGCUCCAUCUUUGUUUGGGCCUCUGGGAAUGGGGGUCGUCAGGGAGAUAAUUGUGACUGUGACGGCUACACAGACAGCAUUUACACCAUCUCUAUCAGCAGCGCCUCCCAACAAGGCCUGUCACCCUGGUAUGCAGAGAAAUGCUCCUCCACACUGGCCACCUCCUACAGCAGCGGUGAUUACACAGACCAGCGAAUAACAAGUGCAGACCUGCAUGAUGAGUGCACAGAGACCCACACAGGCACCUCAGCCUCUGCACCUCUGGCUGCUGGCAUCUUCGCGCUGGCCUUGGAAGCAAACCCAAAUCUCACCUGGAGAGACAUGCAGCAUUUGGUUGUCUGGACCUCUGAGUAUGACCCAUUGGCCAAUAACCCAGGUUGGAAAAAGAAUGGUGCAGGCUUGAUGGUGAACAGUCGGUUUGGAUUUGGUUUGCUAAAUGCCAAAGCUUUGGUGGAUCUGGCUGAUCCUAGGACCUGGAGAAGUGUGCCUGAGAAGAAAGAAUGUGUUGUAAAAGACGAUGCCUUUGAGCCUAGAGCCCUGAAAGCUAAUGGAGAAGUGAUUGUUGAAAUCCCAACAAGAGCUUGUGAAGGACAAGAAAAUGUUAUCAAGUCCCUGGAACAUGUACAGUUUGAAGCAACAAUCGAAUAUUCUCGUAGAGGAGACCUUCAUGUCACACUCACUUCUGCUGCGGGAACCAGCACCGUACUGUUGGCUGAAAGGGAGCGGGAUACAUCCCCCAAUGGCUUUAAAAAUUGGGACUUCAUGUCUGUUCACACAUGGGGAGAGAAUCCUGUAGGCAUCUGGACAUUGAAAAUUACAGACAUGUCUGGAAGAAUGCAAAAUGAAGGAAGGAUUGUGAAUUGGAAGUUGAUUUUGCACGGGACCUCCUCUCAACCAGAGCACAUGAAGCAGCCCCGUGUGUAUACAUCCUACAAUACUGUCCAGAAUGACAGGAGAGGAGUGGAGAAGAUGGUGAAUGUGGUAGAGGAGCAGCCCACACAAAAGAGCCUGAAUGACAAUCUCCCGGUGCCUCAAAGCUCCAGCAGCAGCAGUGUGGAGGGCAGAAGAGAUGAGCUAGCACAAGGGGCUCCUUCAGAGGCCAUACUACGGCUCCUACAAAGUGCUUUCAGCAAAAUCCCACCUUCAAAGCAAUCACCAAAGACGUCUCCAGGUGCAAAGCUCAGCAUCCCCUAUGCAAAUUUCUAUGAAGCACUGGAAAAGCUAAACAAACCUUCCCGGCUUGAAGACUCUGAGGACAAUCUGUAUAGUGACUAUGUUGAUGUUUUCUAUAAUACCAAACCUUAUAAGCACAGAGAUGAUAGGCUGCUGCAAGCUCUUGUAGACAUUCUGAAUGAGGAAAAUUCUUAAGUGUGUGGCCCCAAGUUGGAAAUAUUCAUGAAUCCUCCUUCCCCUUAGAUGGUCCUGGGUCUGGAGCUGUGUCACUGAUUCCUAUGCUUAUAAUGUCCUUUGUGGUUCUUUUACCUUUUCUCCUCAAACUGUACGUUGGGGUGAGUUCCAAAAGGAAAACCAACUUCAUGAAUGGGUCUCAGUAUUUAAGAAUGUCUUCCCUAUCUGUAUGAAUCAAGCAACCAUCUUUCUAAAGUCACUAUUGACAUACAACUCUUUACCAAAUGGAAUGGGUCCUUGAGCCUCCCCAUUUCAUAUCUCACAAGAAUAGGAAAAGACUAGGAGAUUCAUUUUAACUUGGAAAAGUAAUCUACAAAAAUUGGAGGCUACAACUUAUCUUGUUUCCUAUUUUUGCAAUGGAGUUCUUUGAAUUUUUAUCUUAAGGAAGCAUUCAUAAAGCAUCUAGUGAGAGUUCACAGCUCACUAAGGACCCUAGGCCUCUCUGUAUCAUGUGUUGCUCAUGCGGAGGCUGCUGAUCUGACCAUCUUUGAGAGGGUAGAAUAAAAUACAUUAUUUACAUAUGGUAGCAGAUCUUAAAUUUUAUAUUAACUAACUAGAAUAGUUACAGAAUAUUCCUCUUGAUUGGCAUGCAAUGCAGAGAUCUCUGUGGAUCCAGAGAUGGCUGUGACUCAUACUGUAUAUAGUCUGGCCUUUUAUUUUCCCUUCUGCCUUGUAUAUUUCCUUUCUGAGACACAAGCUCAAAACUCAAAGAACUCAUCCAUGCCAUUUUCUCAGAACAAAAUUAAACUUGAGGUUGGGAAAUUCCUAGUCAUAGUUUUGUUUAAUAACAAGUAACUACUCAAUAUAUAGAGAGCCAAUGUAUUAACAGGGAAUAUGUUGAUUAAAGAGGAGAAACAAUGAGAGUAUUUUCACAAAUCAUGUUCCUAGGACAGGUUCUUCUGACUUUCUGCAAAUGAGUGUUCAUCUCUGGAUACCACAGGGUGUUCUCCAAUCUCCGAGAACAAUAUUCAAAUUCUUACCAAUUUUCUUCCAUGUUUCAAAUCAGAAAACAGGUAGGCAGCACUUAAAUCUUAUUUGUCCUGUAAGUUAUACAUAAUGUAUUGAAAAUGUAAAAUGUGUUCACGGUGUGAGAUUUCACAUAAAAUCUGAUUUUCCAACCCAUCUUCCAUCAUGGCAAUAGCUGGCUCGAGAUAGCACCUUCCUUGUAAGAUUCGAAGUCUAGGCUUCCCUGGCCAACAUUCUUACAAUGGCUGCUUUAUUUUGCUACUUCGUAUCCCAUGGGAAUUUAUCCCUUUUUAAUUAAUGUGUGUUAGUUAUAGAAAAUAAGGUUUCAUUUUGACAUUCUCCUGCAAGUAUUUCAUGUACUUGGUCAAUGUCUAUCCCCAUUAACCUCUUUUCUGCCUGUCCCCGCUUACUUACCUUCUAUUCACAAGUAUUCUUGCUUCCAAUUCCUUGUCUUUUCAUUUCAUCCGGAUUCGAUAUAUGAGAGAAAAUGUGAUAUUUGUCUUUCUAUGAAUGUGAUUUUUCCUGCAUUAAAUGGAUAUGUAUAAAGUGUUAAUGCAUUAAGAAAAAAGAUUACCCAUGAUUACUUCCAGGCAGGCUCUGUCAUUAAUAAUUGAGUUUGCUAUGACCUAGUUAGUUUGGUGCAUUUAUAAGGAAAAGAGUACUUGGAAUCCUAAAAUGCCUCUGAAAUUUUAAUAUGAGCACUUAAUCUUAUCUCACCUGGAUGUUCAUUUGUACUUCUCUUUGACUGGAGACCCCCACUUCCUUAUCGUAAUAUGUCAAUGUAGUUAACUGUAUGCCUGCAUUCUACAAUUGAAUUUCUGUUUGCAAAUUUUCUUCAAAAUCUGAGCAUUCUACAGUCACUCCUAGCAUUGAUCCAGUUCAGAAAGACAAAUCAUUUGCUUUGGUUUGCAUGUGGUUAGUAUGACAAUGUUCACCUCCUUGUUUCAUCAUUUGAAUUUGUACAUAGCAAGGCUCUCUCCAGAGCCAUGCCCAUGAUUCCUAGAAGGUUUGAAGUAGCCCUCUGUUCUUGAAGGUUUUACAUUGUUUUUUUCUAUAAAGUUUAAAUGAAUUUUCCACUGUUGUAGCAUGUUAAAGCUAUAAAUGCCUUAUGAGUUAUUACAUUAAAUUUCAACUAAUAAAUGGCCUGGAGGAUAAUAUUGGUAAUUGAUAAUUAGUGAUUUAAAAUAAUGAAAGAGUUGGAGGUUGACCCCAUUCUUCCCUAAUUCUUAUACUAAAUAUAUGGAGAUUUUCUUCAUCCCUCUCUAAUAAUAUAUUUUCCCUGUAAAAACUUCAACCAACUCAUGGGCUAUAGCCAAAGGUUCACUCUGGAUAAGCUUUAAUAUUAGACAAUACAAUGUUUGAAUGUUUCCAACCUGCAGUAUAUGUUGUCUAGACAUAAAAUAUUUUUGUCAGUCUUUCUUAGUGCCUAUGUGGAUUUUGUGAAAAUGUUAAAAAUAAUAAUUAUAUAAUAUUUCCCUUGGAAUUUUAAGCUAUAUUUUCUUUACAGGUAUUUAUAAUAUACCAAUUCUUUUAUCAAACAGAAUUUUAAAAAGCAUAAUAAAUUAUAUUGAAGAAUCAAAAGCUUUCAUUAUAUUAAGACUGUUUCAUCCAAUAAAAUAUUUUUGAAAGGCAUGCCCCUUGUGAAUGGAAAAGUAUAUCUGUAGAUAGAUAGAUAGAUAGAUAGAUGAUAGAUAGAUAGAUGUUUGUGUGUAUAAAAGUAUAUAUGUGUGUGUGCAUAUGUAUGUGAUGUGAUAAUAAAAGCUAUGUUUAUCUAAUAUCCUAAAACAAUGUACAACUGAGUCUAACAUGGUCUUAGAAUUCUUAAUGGAUUUCCUGCGUUACACACUUGAUGUAUU